AUGCGCCUGGACAGCAUCCCGGCGGCGCUGCGCGACCUGAGUAACCAGCUGGCCCCGGCCCCCGCGCCCGCCUCGGCCUCCACGCCCACGCACCGGCCGCGCUCGUCGCUCGUCAAGACGCCCGUGUCGGCCGGCCGGCGCCCGCGCAACAGCGCCGCCAAGGCACGCCGCGCACGCACCCCCAGGUCUCCAUGCGGCGGCGACAGGGACUCGGACGGCGGGGUGGCGCCUCUGCCCCCGUCGCCGGCGCCCACCCUGCCCCCGCGGCUGCCGCCGGCGCGCCCGGCCCCCUCGCGCCCCCCCUGCCGUCUCGCCCCCGCGCCGCGCCCCUCCCCCUUCCCCCGCGCGGGCGAGACGCUACUUUGUCCGUCCACCCACGACGAAAUCGCGGGGCCGCCGUUCCCGCUUUGCGCAUCGAGUACUCGCCGUUGUCCCUAG